AUGCUUCAGGAUAUUGGUAGCUCUGGUGUUGUUUCAGUAGAUUUUCAUUAUGAAGAAAACCCAUUUUUAUUUACGAAUAAUGAAAUUUGGAUUGGAUUUGUAUCGAACAUCGAUAGACAUAAACAUGCUAUUUACAUACAGCCCGAUUGCAUGAUGUCAUGCAUGGACACAUUAACCCAACAACUUGAUUUUUACUAUUCUGAUCCAGUAUCAGAAACGUUUACGGUGCACAAAGUUGCUGCGGGUCUACCAUGCGUGAGCAAAUACGAAGAAGUCUAUCAUCGUGUCUAUAUCAAGGAGAAUCAUCUUUCCAAGUGCGUUAUUAUUUACGUAGAUCUUGGUAUAACAGAAGAAGUUCAAGUGGAUGAAGUUCAAUUCAAAUAUUUACUUAAAUAUUUUGCUACACUACCUGCUUUAGCAAUCCCAUGUAGGCUCGCUGGUAUUGAAUACAAACUAAACAAUCAUGAAAUGGCUCUUGAAACAUACAAAGAACUGAAUGAUUUGCGUCAAACAAGCCCUUUCUACAUCGAACCAUGCGAAGCAAGUAAUGGUACAUUGCUUGUCAAACUCUACGAUGUUGAUGAAAGCUGUUUGAAUGAUAUUAUUGUGGAGAAGGGAUUAGCAUUUUCUUCAUCAUUUCCACGUACAAUGACACCAUCUACUAUAAAUAAAAGCCAAGAGAAUCAACGAAAGAAUCAGCUGAAGUUUCCAAACUCAGAAGUGAAACCGUAUGUUCAUAUGAAAGAAAUAGAUAAGAAUGCAAAAGCAGUCAAUUCCAAUGAAAACUAUCUUAUGAAUGAUUACGAUCUGGAUACUUCUACUACUGAAACGGAAGUUGAAGAUUGUUCACUGACAUCGAGAAGUACAGGAUCAUCAUAGAUUACGAACAACAAAAAUACAAAUACAGAAAACCGAUCUAAUACUUCGGACAAUCAACACAAUAAAAUGCGAGUUAGGCAUACAGUCACCAUUACUCAAAAUGCGCCUGGCAUGGAACGUAUUUUUAAUCAAGCAUGGACUUCCAUAUUUCUUAAUAAGGCAAAACAUCAGCGACCGGCCUCACGUUCAGAAAAAAAUAGUAUUACUAAGAAAAAGGAUGAUUUUGCUGAUUGGAUGCGUUCUUGGCUAGUUGAACAGUCAUUGUGGUCGAAUGCUAAAGCAUCACUUAAUAAAUGGGAAGAUAAUUCUCGAAUCAAUCGUCGCCUCCAAGAUCUAAAAGUUAUCUUUGAAUUCAAUAGUAAUUGCAAAUCAUCGAACCAUCCAUUUCACGUGACACCAUCCAAUCUGAAACAGAUUGUAGAUAGACAAAAAAUAAAAUCUUACUUCGAUUUAGGUUGCGGUGAUGGUACUAUUACAGUUGGAAUCGGAGAUUAUUUGGGUCUAUUUAAAGAAAAUAUUUUCGGAGGUGAUGUAUAUGAAGGACAGAACGAACAAAUUACAUAUGUCAAAAUAAAUAAAAGCCAAUCAACUAUAGAUCUUCCGUCUGAUCGUGUCGAUCUUAUUACUUCUUUUGUCACAUUUCAUCAUAUUGAUCAACUUGAAACCACACUCAGUGAACUUGUUCGUAUUCUUCGACCAGAAGGUUAUUUAAUUGUGCGCGAGCAUGAUUGCAAGAACGAACAUGCACUUAGAGCCAAAUAUCUUAAUUUUAUUCAUGCUAUCAUGAUGAUUGCGAAAGUUGGAGAGUUUGCCAAUUCUUCAAGCAAUCACAAUACCAAAAAUGAAAAUGUAUUGCAUGAAGACAAUGAAAAUAAUACCGACACUUGGUUGACACAAAAGUCAUCUAUUAUAGAAUAUACUCGAUCAAUUCAUUAUCGAACAUGUGCUGAAUGGCAGCAGCAGUUUGAAAGCGCUGGCUUUCAUCAUUGUGCCACGUUAUCUUAUGGUGCUGACGGUUCAAAUAAUCCUCAGAAAUUGUUUUAUGCUGUUUAUCAGCUACACAAAGCAUAA